GAGGAGGGGGAGGAGGAGGAGGAGGAACAGGAGUGGUAGAAGGCGGGGGAGAGAGGGGGGGUAGAGGGGAAACCCUGAGAGGGCCAGAGGCCCAUCAGGUUCCUGAGGUUUCAUCCUUUACUCUACCCGGGGCUUCAGCUUCAUCCACUCCGCCCUGCUCUUCCUGCAGGGGGCAGACCAGUGGGGGGGGCUUCCAGUGCAGUGUGUGCACUUCCUGCACGCUGUGUGAGCCGUGCAGCUUCUCUCAUGAUCCGAGUCACAACCUGGUAAGAGCGAGGACUCCGCUGUCGAUUCCAGAACGAGGAUCGCCCGCCCCAGACCACAGCAGGUUCUACAGACGAGGUGAUCGUAGUUUCCGGAAGGCAGAGAAACAGCGGUUAAAGGCUGAGAAGCGCUUACUGAAGGCAGAAGUCAAAGAGAUCCGGAAACAGCUGAGGAUGGAAAGGCGUGGCAUACAGUGGAACUCCUCCCAGAGAGAUGGGAGCUCCUCCCCUGUUCUUCUGCAGCCUCAGGCCACUCAACACAACAGCCCAGAGCGCCCAAAAUGCCCCUGUCCCAUGGUGGUUCCUGCCAUGACCGCUGCUUUUCUGGAUGAGAACCUCCCAGAUGGAACUCGACUGCGUCCUGCUACGAAGUUUAUCAAGUACUGGAAGAUGAGGAACACUGGAACUGUCAGUUGGAACAGUGAUACUAAGUUGAAGUUUAUGUGGGGAAACCUUGCAGUGGGAUCUGGUGACCGAUGGAAAGAAGUGCCUGUUCCCCAUCUGCAGCCAGGACAGGUGGGCAUUAUCAGCGUGGCUCUGAGUGCCCCUGCCGUGGAAGGCUCAUAUACCUCACACUGGCGCCUGGCUCAUGCUGGGGAGCAGUUUGGACCCAGAGUUUGGUGCAGCAUUGUGGUGGACCCUCUGGCCCCAGCUCCCAUGUUAGCUGAUGGAUUACUCAUCUCACCAUGUGUCACACCGCAAGGUAGAAACCCUGCAGUUAAGGAGAUAAAAGCCUCUGUAGCAUCUGUGGACCAAGACUUAAUGUCACUAGACCAGGAGGAGUUCCACAUUCCCUCAGUGGAUCUUCUGACAGCCCAGGAUCUUCUGUCCUUUGAGCUGUUGGACAUCAACAUUGUUCAAGAAUUGGAGUCUGUCCCAAACAACACUCCUGUUGAUGUGACUCCCUGCAUGUCACCUCUUCCCCAAGACGGACACUUGCUGGACAAAAACAGUCCCUCUUUGGAUCUGAUCCAGGAAGAGACAGAGUGCAUCGGCACCAUCACCGGAAGUACCUGCUGGCCCCAAGAAGCCAAAAGUAAACGGCUAGUACUCAGUCAUUCUGAUGAUGCUCCUGCCCAACCAGCUCCCGGAGCAGAAGUGGGCGUGGUUCCAGCUCAGGAAGAAAGCCAGGAAAACCCCAGUGGGGUUGAGUCCGUUUGUGAGACUGUGAACCAUUCAGGGACCCAUGAGAGGGUCUCUGACCACAACCUGCUGAGAGUGACUUACCAGGUUACCAUGAAAGAUGCACCCCAGGAGAAAAAAGGGAAGGAAAAUAAGGAAAGAACGAGAAGCCGCUCGUCUUCAACCUCCUCAGAGGAUUACAUCAUUAUCCUUCCUGACUGCUUUGACACAACUCGACCACUUGGGGAGUCCAUGUACAGUUCAGCUGUGUCCCAGACUGUUGACGUUCUCUUAAAGUCCACGUCUGGGUCUGAAAUUCUUUCCUUGGGCAGCACCACCAAGGAGAGGGAUGUGAGCAGAAUCUGCAAAGACUUAUCAUCUCCUCCAGGAAAGGACAUGUCCGGGGCCCGAGUCCUCAAAGACAUGCUGUGCACGUCUCAAACACUGGAUGAAAAGGCCCUGACACCUGAAGUGAUGAUGAAGUCCAAAACCGCGCUUACACAAAGUUUACAGAGCAGCAAAGAAGCAGAUGCUGAUGACUGCAGAGUUGGAGAGAGAAUCCAGAGCUCAGAGCGCUUUCCAACAAAAGAUGUUACCAGCCCUGAGCAAAGUAAGACGGAUGAUGCUGAAGCUGCUGGGAGCACAGAGGAAAACAAUCCAGCAGGAACCAGGUUUCCAGGCCUCUGCGUGGUAAAAGGAGCUCUCAGCCUCGACAAAAUCCCUCCACCAAGGACACUUUGAUGGGAAUGUUUGUGGAGUUGAGAUUUUGGGACCAGGCGCUGAAUCAACAACUUCUGAAGAUUCGCAACUGAAAAACUGCUUGAUGUGGUCAGUGACCUGCCACAACUGGUAGCACAUACAAUAGAGGAAACCCACAAAAGACGCUGACCCAACGAGUCAGCAUACACGUUUCUUUUCAAGAAGCUUACUUGUUAUGAACUUAAUGUGUUUGUACCCUGUGUAACUCUUCUCUCACAGAGAACAAUCUCUUGUAAAAAACACUUUCUGGUAAUGUCACAUUUUGCCUCUGUCUUAAUACUUUACGCCUUAGAGUUGUUAGAGUGAAUCUGGAUGAAUGUAAGCAUUGUCACCCCGUCUGCAUAAAUGGAUGUUCUCAGCCCUGCAUCUCAA